AUGGAGGCAGUCGGAGCAGCCGCGUCCGUGAUCUCGAUUGUUGAAAUCGUCGGCAGGGUCUCCGCCUCCGCAGCGUCCUUCAUGCGCGACAUCAAGGACGCGAGGAAGGACUUGAUCCAGGUCCGCAAGGACAUGUCGGACCUGUCGACGCCCCGGGCCGGCGACAUGCCGCACAGCCAACAGCACAUCAUCAACAUUGCCCACAGCUGCGGCGCGGUCUUACUGGAGAUUGAGACGGUCCUCCGGGAGGGUCGCUCCCGGCUCGCGUGGGUUACGUCUGGGAAGGAGAAGGUAGACAGGCUCAGGGAGAGGCUGGAGACGUGCAAGUUGUCGCUUCGAUGUCGCGCUGGACUAUCGGACUAUUGUAACCGGGCUACAGGGUCGUCGUUCAUGACAUCAAGGAGGAGUAGCACCCGGUUCGUGGGUGACCUCUCCGCCAUCCAGCGUGAUGUGGCGCUCCUCCUCGGAAAAUUCGACAACAUCGAGCCGAAGGCCGCGGAAGGCCAGGGGUCGGCAGAUGACGCGGUGGGUCUUCCCGGCGGCGUGCUGAUCGAUCGCUUCUUGAACGAUUGCAGGAGUGAUACCCAGACGGUUCUGGACAACGUCGAAUACCAGCAAGACCAGGACUUCGAAGACAUUCCACCGUCGCAAGUACAGGCCGAGGCCCAGGAGUUGGCACCGGACAUGUUUGAGAUCAUCCAGUGCUGUUAUCGGCAUGAUCCGGCCAACACAGAAGAAAUAGACAAUGGCCGGUUUACCCUAUACCACGAUGGCCAGCCAGUACCGCCAGCAUCGUGGGAUGAUUUCGUUGGCCCUGGGCGGAGCAUUGGCCUCAAACUAUGGAAAGACGAAACGAUCGACUUCACGGAUGCCAUCUGCAGGAUGUUUCUUCCGCCUUGGAGUGUGGUGAAGACUUGGAAGAAUGGAAUCAUCCAUGCACGGGGGGUGCAAGGCAUAAUCAAACAGGCCUUCCUCCACGUGGAGCAUCACGGGGAUGGAGUCGGCAAAGACUAUGUCCUCAGGAAUGAGGUCGACAAAGGCCAUUACGACCUAUUGGGGCUGGACGACACGAUCAUAAUGCCCGUCGCGUGGGAGCAGGUCAUCAAGCCCGGCAUGGGGGUCAAAACGAGGAUGUGGCCCGAGGAAACAUGCAAGUGGCUCGCUAGGCAGGCCGGAAGAUGCCAGCCAGAGUACACGGCGAGGCCGGGCUGCUCAGCGUCGAUACAAGAGGAACGAUCGCCGCCGGCGACGGGGAGCGUGCCUCAACCUCCUGUGGCGGCGGACAGUCCUCGAGAGCCGAUAGGUCUCCCAGCGCCGCAACAACUCAAUCAGAAGCAAGACACAGGUCUUGGCUCCUUUGCCCCUGAUGUCUGA